UUUGUCUAUCUGUAUUCAUUAAGUUAAAUGGCAGAAGCCAGAUUUUCUCAGGACGAAUUCAUCUGUCCAGUGUGUCUGGAGCUCCCAAAAGAUCCAGUGACCACUUCCUGUGGACACAAUUACUGUAAGAGCUGUAUUUCAGAUCACUGGGAUCAUGAAGAUCAGAAGAGAGUCUACAGCUGCCCUCAGUGCAGACAGACCUUCAGUCCAAGACCUGCUUUAGCUAGAAACACCAUGCUGGCUGAAGUGGUGGAGAAACUGAAGAAGACCAGACUCUCUGCUGACUGUUACGCUGGAGCUGGAGAUGUGCAGUGUGACGUCUGUACUGGAAGAAAAUACAGAGCUGUCAAGUCCUGUCUGCUGUGUCUUAAUUCUUACUGUCAAACACACCUUGAACAACACAAGAGUUUAUUCAAAGGAAAGAAACACAAUUUGACUGAAGCCACUGAACGACUGCAGGAGAUGAUCUGCCAUGAACACGAUAAACAUCUGGAAAUGUACUGUAUUACGGACCAACAAUGCAUUUGUUUGCUGUGUGCAAAAUAUGAGCAUAAAAACCACAACAUUGUAUCAGCUGCAGCACAGAGGACGGAAAAACAGCACCAGUUGAAUGAGACACGGAGGUCAUUCCAGCAGAGCAUCCAGCAGAGAGAGAAAGAUCUCCAGCAGCUGAGAGAGACUGUGGAGUCUCAUAAGCGCUCUGCACAGACAGCAGUGGAGGACAGUGAGAGGAUCUUUACUGAGCUCAUCCGCUCCAUUGAGAGAAGUCGCUCUGAGCUGAUACGACUGAUCAGAGAUCAGGAAAAGACUGCAGUGAGUCAAGCUGAAGAACCACUGGAGCGACUGGAGCAGGAGAUCAAUGAUCUGAGGAAGAGAGACGCUGAGCUGGAGCAGCUUUCACACACACAGGAUCACAUCCAGUUCCUGCAGAGUUUCCAGUCUCUCUCAGCACCUUCUGAAUCUACAGAUGUUAAUGAUGAUCGCUUCAGUCCUUUCGUCUCUUUUGAUGGUCUGAGAGAAUCUGUCCAUCAGCUGAGGGACAAACUAGAGGAUUUCUGCAAAGAGGAGCUCAAGAAUAUCUCAGACAGAGUCACCUUCACUGACAUUAUUCCCACGACCAGAAAUGACUUCCUACAGUAUUCCCGUCAGCUCACUCUGGAUCUGAACACUGUGAAUGAAUACCUCAAUCUGUCAGAGAGGAACAGAGUGAUUACUUACACUUACACAGAGCAGCCGUAUCCUGAUCAUCCAGACAGAUUUGAUGUGUUUCAGGUGUUGUGUAGAGAGAGUGUGUGUGGACGCUGUUACUGGGAGAUCGAGUGGAGUGGGAGUGUGUUAAUAUCAGUGUCAUACAAGAGCCUCAGCACUAAGGGAUGGGGUAAUGAGAGUGUGUUUGGAUAUAAUGAUCAGUCCUGGAGUUUGUCCUGCUCUCCUUCCAGAUGCUCAUUCAUUCACAAUAACAUAGUGACUAAACUCCCUGUAGAGCCCAUCAGCAGUAGAAUAGGAGUGUUUGUGGAUCACAGUGCAGGAACUCUGUCCUUCUACAGCGUCUCUGACACAAUGAGCCUCCUCCACACAGUCCAGACCACAUUCAAUCAGCCGCUCUAUCCUGGGUUUUAUGUUGAUUAUGGAUCAUCAGUGAAACUGCCUUGAUGAAUCAGACUAGAUUGGAGAGAAAUU